ACAUCGAAAGUUGGAGCUUCUGUGCAACAAAAUAGAACGGUUCAACAACUUCAAACUAUAGUACAAAAUGUUCAACAACAAAUGCAAGAAAUGAGGCAACAAAAUCAACUAGAAAUGCAAGAAAUGAGGUUUAUGUUUUUACAAAGUAUGAGACAACAAAAUCAUCCAGAACAGAUUGCUAGUGGUGGCAUUUGUAGCGGUAUUGGGAAUGAAUUUGGUAGCAAUAGCGAUAUCAAUAUUGGUGCCAAAAAAAGUGUUUUUCAGUCAAAUUUGAGAAAUGUGAGUCAUGGAGAUAUCUGUGCUAAUACUAAAUGUAAGCUGCUUCAUUGGUCUGCUGAAGAAUUAGUUGUUGCAGAAGGUCGAAUUGCAUCCACAGAUCCAAACACAAAAGUGCAUCACGUUAUUCUUGGUGGAUCAUGUUGGAAAGUUUGGGUUGAUAAAGUUUUGGUGGAAAAGGUGGACCUAAUUCGAUCAAAUGAUGAAAUGCAGUUUCUUGAUGAUGCAAUAGGAAGCACGGUUGCAUGGUUAUCGAAAUUUAUAGUAUUGUGUGAUUGAUACAUAAUAUACUAAUUUGUGUGGAUCGUAAGUUUAAUUGUUGAUAUGUAAUAACUAGUUUAAUCGAAGUUUGU